UGAACCCAUUGUUGUGUCGCGACUGACGUCAGUUCUAUGUGCGAGACAGGCAGAGCGGCGUGCGCCUGGCGAGACAAAGGCGGCGGACCAGGGAACAGCCGGGAUAAAUAUCCAGAUACAAUUGUCGGGAGGUAUCUGCAUGGGAGUAAAAUGAUAGACUACAAAUCGAUGCAAAUAUCGACGGGCCGCUAAAUGACCUCGACAUUCGUCUGGAAUAGAAUUGUUUCAACAGCCUGUCCCUUAUCUUUCGUUUUAAACAUUUUGUCCAACGCCCCCAAUUUAGCGAGCUAGCUACUAGCUAGCAUUAGAGCAUUGGUAGCCACUCAUCAUUCAUUCAAGAAUCAAACGAGAGGAACUCCAUACAAUUGGGAGGUAGCCAAAAGAAAAGAGCGCUUUGCACACAGACGCCCCACGAUCUGAUGUUCAUCCUCUUGGACUAUGCCUAGCCCCUUAUUCCACCCAGAGAUUAUGGACCACGACAUGGUAGUGAGCAGCCAGCACAACGGGGUCAGCCUGCCACGAGAGACUGACCAGGAGUCCCGGGACGAGAACCAUCAGGAUGCGCUCCGCUUUGCCCUGGACCAGCUGUCAUUUAUGGCCCUGGAGAAGGUGGACUGUGGGGGCGGUGGCGGGGGGCUCGUUGACACGCUCGACAGGAACCAGGGACCGUGCUCCGGGAAUUCCAACGGCGGUUAUGUCGACCUGCAGAUGCUGGAGCACCAAGGGGGUUCCCGGGACUCUCCGACAUCCUGCUCCCCGUCUCCAGAAUACUAUGGAUCGGGCGGGUACCACAUGACUGGCCCGCACUCUCACCCCAUGCUCGGUGAACAAAGCUCAGUUCUCUGCAAUCGCAAGAGGAGUGUCAACAUGACCGAAUGCGUACCUGUGCCCAGCUCAGAACACGUUGCUGAAAUAGUGGGAAGACAGGGCUGUAAGAUCAAGGCACUGCGUGCGAAGACCAACACCUACAUAAAGACCCCGGUGAGAGGCGAGGAGCCUGUGUUCAUAGUUACAGGGCGCAGGGAGGACGUGGAGAUGGCCAAGCGGGAGAUCGUCUCUGCAGCCGAGCACUUCUCCAUGAUUCGGGCAUCCCGCUGCAAGGCUGGGGCCACGGGCACAGGAGCACCCGGGACAGGGGGAGUGCUCCCUGGACCCCCCCACCUGCCUGGACAGACCACUAUACAGGUGCGGGUACCGUAUCGUGUGGUGGGGUUAGUGGUGGGGCCCAAGGGGGCGACCAUCAAGCGCAUCCAGCAGCAGACGCACACCUACAUCGUGACGCCCAGCAGGGAGAAGGACCCUGUGUUUGAGGUGACUGGCAUGCCUGAGAAUGUGGACCGAGCCCGGGAGGAGAUUGAGACGCACAUCACCCUGCGGACCGGGGCCUUUGUGGACCUCCAGGGAGACAACGACUUCCACACUAACGGGACUGAUGUCAGCCUAGAGGGCCUGGGCUCGCUGGCUGGGGGGCUGGGCGCUGCUCUCUGGGCUCGGGCCAACAACGCCCACCCUGCCCCUCCACCCCCGCCGCCUCCUCCACCACCCCCGCUCCCCAUGGCCAUGCACCAAUCGUCUGGGAGGAAGCUGUCCUCCUCGGCCUCCUAUCACCAACACAACGGAGGGAUGGGCUCUGAGAGCUACAGCGCCCCCAGGAGGGCCAACGAGGGAGGUAGCCCCACCAGCCCAUUCAGCACUAGCUCCAGCAAUGCCGGCGGAGGAGGGGGGUUCACCUUCGGGGGUGACUCCACCCCAGGCCUCCCCUCUGAGGAGCUGGGCUUUGAGUUCAGCGCCUCCAACAUAUGGGCCCCUUUCGUCAACGGAGGAGGAGGGAAGAUCCCAGGUACCUCUCAGAAGCAGCCUCUCCGCAGAAACAGCAGCGGCUUGAGCGGCGGUGCCAUCACCCCCCGCCUGUCCCCCACCCUGCCCCCUGACGCAGUGGUGGGACCCCUGGAUCAUCCACUGGCCCGUCGUGCCCAAAGCGACCCACUCAGCACCCUCUCCUGGCUGCAGUCGGGCGGUGCCGGUGCAGGGUCCUUCUCUGGAGCAUCUAGCUCCAGCUCCGGAGGGUCAUCCACCGGUUACUCCUCCUGCUCAGCCUCCUCCCUGCCCGGAGGCUCUCCCACCGAUUCAGAGGGCAGCGGCAUUGGCCUGGGCUCUGGCAUGCUGGGCCGGCUGAAGGCCGCAGCACGCGCUGGUUCUGGAGGUCUGGUUGGCAUGGGGCCAGGGGGUGUGAGCAGGGACUGCUUUGUGUGCUUUGAGAGCGAGGUGACAGCGGCUCUGGUGCCAUGCGGCCACAAUCUGUUCUGCAUGGACUGCGCCGGACAGAUCUGCCAGUCCGCUGAGCCCGAGUGCCCUGUCUGCCAUACCACUGCCACACAGUGCAUCCGUAUCUUUUCCUAAUAGUCCCCCCCCCCCCCUCACCCACCCGAAGACAAGGGAUGGUAUGGGGACUGAGGAGGGGGCGAGAGGGGUAGGGGUGUCAUCUUUUAAAAAAAAACAGAACUUUAUGGUCUUACUAUCCGAGAGAACUGCAGUGGACCAUCAACUGUGGCGGGACGGACAGCAAUGACCUUCUCCGCACAUAUGAUGGACCACAAUGAUUACAAUAUUAGAAAUGACACUAUACGGAUGUUGAUUUAAUGAUAACUAUAACAAUAAUAAUAAUAAUAAUGAAAAUAUUUCCAGACUGACUGAUUUUGAUUGGUUCUGCGGACUGCAGAAACAGUAUGGUGGGAUCAAGAGGUUUCACGGUGGACUUGUGUGGAAGGAAACCAGUGUCUUAUCUUUCUUCUGGAUUUUGUUCUGACCUGGACCAGCCUUCAGGCCUGAAUUAGCUCAGCCUCUAGGUUGCUAGGCUGUCUGUAUAGUUUCAUCCUCUCGCUUCUUUUUCUUCAGAUAUCUCUGCCUGCUUCUCUCACAAGCCUUUUCCUUUGACACUUUUGUACUUAAUAGCAGAUAUUUUUCGACGGAGCUGUCUAGGCCUGCACUUUUCUACUCGGUUUCCUUUUCGAUGUUCUUUGACAGGAUGCAAAACGCUGUUUUUUUUUGGUUUUCUGAGUUCUCUCCUGUUCUUUAUUUUCAGCUCUCUCUCGCCAUCUCUCCUCUCUCUGAUUCAGAGGGGUUGGGUUAAAUGUGGAAGAUGCAUUUCAAUACAACUGACUAGGUCUCUCUUGCUAGCUAGUAUAGUGACAUAAAGGAAAUGCUUUAUGAGCCUGGAACUGACUUUAAAACAGGCACAGAGACACCUAUAUCAGACAAAAACAAGCCAGAAGGCCCUCUUAUAUCUUAUGAAGACAGAAACACUUAAGGUAUUUAUACUGUUCAAAAACUGAUAUCCAAUGUUGUGGUUUUAAUGACUAGUAUAGGAAUAAUACAAUGGUAUUAAGUUAUUUAAGGAAUAUCAGAACUAACGCCAGAGGUCAGUUACUCAGCCCCCCUUGGUUCUUUUUUCUCUCAACCCCUCUCUC